UGAUAAUGACAAAUAAUCGAUCUACACUCCGAUACUUUUACUAUGCAUUUAUUUUAGUGAUACUUGGUUUCUUUUUUGGUACUGCCUACGUAACAGUUGAUCUUUUAGGCUUAUAUUUUAAACACAUAUACCUUUUAUAUGGUUCAAUUUCAGAACUUUUAUUAGGUGGUUUUGCUAUAUUUGCUGCAGUUUUAUCUUUGGUUGUAGCUACAUUCGGUUGCAUUGGAAUUCAAAGAUUAAGUGGUCAAACUAUUAUAUUAUAUUCAAUUGGAUUAAUAAUAUCAAUGUUUGUUAAUACUGGCCUUACUAUAGCAUCCUUCACCUUAGAAAACUCAGAAAAAUCAGCACAUCAGAGAACUAUUUCCAGUACCAUUUUAUUAUACAAUAACUUAUUUUUAAAUGAAAUUGCAAAUGCAUGGGAUAGCGUUCAAAAUACAUACAAUUGUUGUGGUGUUAGCGGUCCUUUAGAUUGGGAUAAACUUUAUCAUUCCGAAAAAUUACCACAAAGUUGCUGUACAAGUAAUUUUGCUGAUUGUAAACCAUCAUCAGUUUAUGUAAAAUUUAAUGGUUGCUUUGAACCACUCAUGGAACAUUUGGAAAGUAAAAUUCACACAAUGGCUGCAGUAUCAUUGGCCUUUACAAUUUUUCAUAUACCAGGAAUUGCGAUUGCUUAUUUUGCUAGCAGACUGGCCCGUAAAAAUGCAUUAUAAAUUUAUUUUGAAUCUGAAAAAAAGUUCUGUAAAGUAUUAACCCUUUAGAUAUUUUGACUUUAAAUUUUUCCUGACUUUCGCCUAGCCCCUACUUAAGCAUAAUCGAAAAAGAAAUUGUUUUCAUUUCUCUUCACCCUUAAAAGAAGAGUGCAUUGCGUUGGACAUUGGAAGUAAACGGUCGUAAUCAAAAGUUCUUCAACCAAUACAUUAAUGAAUAAAAAGUUUAUAUUUUUUUGAA